AUGAUCGUUUACGUUCUGAAGUCGUCGACUUAUUUAUUUUUUCUUUUUCUUUUUUCAUCUUUCCUCUUUUUCUUUUUUGGUCACUUUUUCAUUGUUUACUUUUUUUUUCUUUGUCCAGUCUUCCUUUUUAUUUUUUCAAUUCUUUUCCUUUCUUCAUUUUUUUCUUUAUCUUUUCACUUUUUCUUUUUCAUUUUUUUCUUUUUUCGCACUGAUUUUUUUUUCUUUCUUCAUUCUCUCUUUUUCAUUUUCGGACUCAUUUUUUCUUUUCUUCUUUUUUCUUUUCAGACAUUACUUUUUUGUUUCCUUUUUAUUUUGUUCUUUUGUUUCCUAUUCUUUGAUCAAUUCUCCUUUUUCUUUUUUCAAUUUUCUUCUUUUGUUCACGCUUUUUUUUCUAUUUGUUUACCCUUUUUUUUUGUUAACUAUUCUUCUAUAUCUCUAUCUUUAUUCGUCUUUUUCCUUUACGCACACAUUUCUUUUUUUCUUUUUCGCACGUCUUUUUCUUUGAUCAUUCUUAUUUUUUCUUUAUGUAGUGUCCGUUUUUCACUUUUUUUUUGUUUUCUUUCUUUCAAUCAUUUUCUUUGUUCAUUUCUCAUUCCCUCUUUGUUCAGUUCUUUUCUAUUCAGUCAUCUUCUUUUUACUGUUUUAAUUUUAGAUUUUUGCAUUUUACUGAUUUUUUGCUCACUCUUCGUGUUAUUUAUUCAAUCCUUUCUAUUUAUUCUUUUUUCUUUGUUCAUUCUUCUUACUUUGCCCUCUCCAAGAAAACUAGAAACAAUUUCACUGUUUUCUUAA